UCUGCUCCACUCUACUCCAGUCAGGCUCCUGCCUUUCAGCCGGCUGCAGCUAAUGAGCCUUUGUGUGGCCAAAGAGAGAGGGAGAGAGAGGGAGAGAGAGAGAGAGAGAGAGAGAGAGAGAGAGAGAGAGAGAGAGAGGAACACAGUCAUAGAGAGGGAGUUAAAGUGAGAAUGACUGUCAUCUUGCAACAAUAAAGCAUAUGGUACAGACAGUGCAGUCAGAGCUGGAAGAUUACAAGUCUCCCUCACACUCCUGCACCCUUUUUUCUCAUGCCCGUGGAGCUCAGGGGUCGCUGCAAGUCAGUGGACUGAACCAAAUGGGAACCUCUUCAUUCAUUAUGUUUCACCUUUUUUGAAUUGCCACAUUUAUGAUUGUGUGGCUGUGCUGCUGUGAGAAGAGGUGAAAAGAGGGACAGUCUGCCAGUGGAUACAGGUGCAGAUGCGGCGGGCCAUGAGUGGAAUACUGAAGAGGAAAUUUGAGGAGGUGGAAGCCUCCUCCUCCCCGUGCUCUUCCUUGCGGGAGUCUGAUGAUGAGGUCUCCUGCAGUGAGAGUGGGGAUAGCAGUGACAGUGUCAACCCUUCUGCCUCAGGCCCAUUCACCCCUGACUCAAUAUUGAAGAGAGAGAAGCGCCUGCGGACAAGAAGGGUGCAUUUCGAGAAUGUGACAGUGUACUACUUCAGCCGGCGACAGGGCUUCACCAGCGUGCCCAGCCAGGGAGGCAGCACGCUGGGCAUGUCCAACAGGCACAGCUGGGUCAGGCAGUACUCCCUGGGUGAAUUUGCCCUGGAGCAGGAGAGGAUCCACAGAGAUAUGCUCAGAGACCACCUGAAGGAGGAGAAACUCAACUCAAUCAGGCUCAAGCUGACUAAGAAUGGCACAGUGGAGUCUGAAGAGGCCAACACGCUUACAGCAGAGGACAUUUCUGACGACGACAUCGAUCUAGACAACACAGAGGUAGAUGAGUACUUCUUCCUGCAACCGCUUACCACUAAAAAGCGCCGGGCACUGCUGCGCUCCUCUGGGGUGAAGAAGAUUGACGUGGAAGAGAAACAUGAACUGCGGGCCAUCCGGAUGUCCAGAGAGGACUGCGGCUGUGAUUGCAGAGUUUUCUGUGACCCGGAGACCUGUGCCUGCAGCAUUGCAGGGAUCAAGUGCCAGGUGGACCGUAUGUCAUUUCCAUGUGGCUGCACAAAAGAGGGCUGCAGCAAUUCAUCUGGGAGAGUGGAGUUUAAUCCCAUCCGUGUUCGGACCCAUUUCUUGCACACUAUAAUGAAGCUUGAACUGGAGAAGAGUCGUGAGCAACAGCAGGCAUCCCCCACCAGCGGUUACCGUAGUGAAACUGUCGACCUGGGGAGCGGAAACCCUCUUGUUCAGCCUCAGCACAGGUUGGAAUACUCUCUGUCGGAUGCUGUUCCACAAACAACCACCAUGCACCUGCCGAACGCAGACGAGAUGGAGGAGCCACUAGAAGACGAGGAGGACGAUGAAGAAGAUGAGGAGGAUGAGGAAAAUGAAGAAGAUGAGGAAGAUGAGGAGGAUAGUAGCAGCGUUUGCAGUGGACUGUCUGACUCCAGCACACAGAGCUUAGCUAACAGCGACUCUGAGGAUGAGGAGGAGGACGAGGACGAGGAUGAAGAGAAGUCGGAGAACUUUGAGGACAACAUGACAACCCCAUCACUGUCUCACACCGAGGUGGUCCCUUUAUCUUCUGUGCUGUGUUACAGUGAUGGUUCUGUGGCACAAGAUAACCACAUGAAUGGAAAUACUUAUUUAAUGAACUCCUCCUCAGCUGAGUACUAUCAGCUGGGGAGCUCCAGUGCCAUAACCAAUGGCCAAACCAGCCAAGCCAGUGAACCCUACGGGGAAGCCUUAGCAUUCCAAGAUCCAGUCAGCACAACCAAUUGCAGCAUGGCCCAAGGACCAUUCAGCAUCACUGCUGAGCAGUACACAGACUACUCUAAUCGGGCUGAAGAACAAUACACAGCUAAUCACCAUUUCACUCUGACCAAUGGUGCUCCAGCCGCCCCCUUGACCUGCUACACGCCUGAUCAGGAGAAGAAGGUGUUGUCCAAAGCGCCGUUUGUGGAGCAGCCUGAAAAUCAGAACCAGACACAGUUCCAAAACUACCUGAACAAUAACACCCAGAGUUCCUACAGCAGUCACAGCUCAUGUAUGACAGCUGAACAGCCACAGCAAGAGUCCAGUGUCAAUAGACAUUCUGACCUGACCUUACUAGCAAACAAUACUAAGAACCUCCCUUUACCAGACCAUUGCCCUGAGGUCACAGCCGUUUAGUGGGCCACACCCUCUUAAGUGUUCUUUCAUUAAUGCGUCUUUACUUGAGCCUGACCAAGUGGUAUUUUAAGGGAACAUAAUCAUGGCCUUUUUUGAAUUAUCUGACCUUAAAUUUCAAAGCAAUUUACAGCACCAUAGUACAUUUUCAUCUGUAACUAUAAAGCCAUAGGUUCAUGAUGGAAAUGGUUUCAAGGAACUGUUCACUCCUGAAGGAUUGUCCACUGCAGUGUGUUCUUAACUGCAAAAUGGAGAGAUCAAAAACACAUCAAAACAUCAAUUAUGUCCUGCUGUGCAAUGCAUCAUGUAAUUUCAGAUGUAAAGUUCUAGUUUUAAGCAGAUAUUGUACUGUAGAUGGAACUUUUCUAUGUCUACUGUAUGUGUCAAAUGUGCAAAAAAAAAAGGUUUACUGUCAGUUUAUUUAUUGUUUCUGAAUUAUGUGUAUACUUAUAUAUUGUAAAUGUUUUGAUAACAAUGCGCAUGCUGUUUUGGGAAUCUCAGUGACAUUUAGGGAAAAAAAUUGCCAUUGUUUUAUAUAAAAAAUGUGUUGUAUACAUAAUGUACAUUUCUCUUCUUCUUUUUGUCACUAUUAUAUGCUUUUCUAUGGUUUUGAAAAGCAUGAAAAGGCCUGAAUUCUCAUUUGUAUGUUUGGAAUACAAUAUCAAUUGCAUAAAAUGUCAGACAUGUCAAAAUCAAUUCAUAGCCUUUUGCACUGGGUCCAGUGGCAUGCAGUUGGUUUUAACUGAUAAAUACUUGAAUGGUAUAACACUAUGGCCCUUCACAUGUUUUUUCCCCCACUGAUCACUCUUAGAAUAUCAUGAUUAGCAAAUGUCACUACAAAUGAAGAUUUAUUCUUUGAAGCAUUUCACUGAUACAGGGAUAUAAAUAAAGUAGCACUUUGACAUAUCUCCAAAAGUAUGAGAAGCUCUAUGAUUCAUCAUAGGCAACAGAGCACUAUCUUUAUCAUUAAAUUAGCAGGGGCUUCAUUUGAAAUGCAACAGCAACCAGUCCUGUAGACAAAAUAUUAACCCCAAAAUAAUCUGCCAGUAUUUCAGAAAUAAACUGGUUAUGAGAUUUCUGCUUUUGAACACUGUAUAAGCUAUAUUCCAGUGUCUAAUAACAAAAAGAUGUUUAUUUAUGUGGAUCCAGUAGUGAUGUUGAUUUGUUCUAAUGAAAUGUGCAAUAGUUUGAAGAUUCUUAACAGGCUUUCUCUUUUGGAGAAAAUUGUCAGCAAAGUAGAUUGACAUUGCUUUUAACUGACUUGUCUUUUUGACCGAUUUGGAGCACCAUUGGAUUCAUGAAAGAUGUGCCACAUUUUUAACAAUUGUAUAUGCGGGGCACAAAUGUUCAAGGUUGACAAUCAAAGCGUAAAAUCAGACAUAUCUCAAAUGAGUAAUUAACAUCUACAAAAUAUGACUCCUGUGUCUUAUGAGCCAUUGAAAAUGAGAGCCAAUUAUGAACAAAAUUGCUUACCAAAAAUAUGUAAAUAAUCUUUUACCACAUCUUUAUAAAAUUACAAAAACAAAAUUGAAGUGACUGCUCUACAAUGUGGGGACUGCAAUAAUUUAGUGGAUAGUACUACUAUAAUAUGUCGCUGAAGUUAUAUACCUUGAGCUCUUUGCUCCUGCAUGAAUACAGAUAUUUGUCCCUCUCUCAAUCUUGCAAAUAUCUGCCCUUUCUUUAUAAGCUCAAGGGUUCAUACUGAAUUUUUAGUGAUCCUGUGUGACUGCUGAGCUGGGACAUUUCAUGCCAUCUCAGUGGUACAAGAAGUGUGCAGACUGCUUUUAGGCAAUCACUGGCAUCAACAUGGCCUAUUAGUACAGAUUAAUUGUGCCAAAGCAUACAGUGUGUGAAGGCUAGAUACAAUGACACAACAUCCAGUUAAGAAUCCUGUGUUUGAUUUUAUUUUCCAGUAUUUAUUAUGAAUGAAAUAUUGAAAUGUGUAUUUAUUGUGGUUUACUAAAAGUCUGUAUUGAGAUUGCUUCACUUAAAUUGUCUUUUGUUUCAUGCUGGUUGUGAGUUGUAAAGCUUCAUGUGCCUGAUUAAUUUAAUUCUGUUUUAUAUUCUGUGAAAUGCAUACGUUUUGCACAAAAAUGGUACAAAUUUUUUCAAUGUGUUUAGUUUUUCAAGUGUAGAUAGAGCCACCUUCAUUUUCAUUUGUUUCAUUUUUAACAUAAUUUUGAGAUACAUUCAAUUAAAAUUGCUCUUUUGAUCUUAA